CAAUUCAUUUAUCAUGAGUAUUUCAUCGUUAUUUAUUUCGAUAUAUUAAUGAUGACCCUGAGAUCAUCCUACUGACUCAGUUGUCUUAUCCCCUCCACAGGGAUGAUCGUGGGCAAUCCUGGCUUGACGCGCGGCCGACUGCCAUGACGACAUGGGCGGGUGCGAUGGACAGGAUCGCCGUUGCCAGGCAGGGGUUUUCUCCACGUCUGCUUCACGUUCGACCUCCAUUUAACAUGGCCAGCCCUGGCUGCUCUGAUUGUGUCUCUGGCAAGGCGCGGGGUCUUCCUGGAUUGUUCUCCUAACUCUUUCUUCACCUGAUGAACUGCUUAUUCUGAGGUUGAAGUCAACCCCGACUCGACUUUUGAUCCAAAAUGAUUCUUAAAUUCGGGGAUUCAGGUAAUUCCCUGGGACUGGGCUCCCUUUGCACGAUGGUGCUCUCUUUAUUCGCUGGCGAAAGACAACAACAUCCCGUCACACAUACACCCGCCCUGCCACCGUCUUAUCCUCUGGCGGUCCGCAACCCAUAUCUCUCAACAUGGAUGCCCAGUGACCUGGUUCAGAAUCUGCCGUCUGCUGAGCCGCAGUUCUGGGCAGGGCAGAGUGUUGGGUGGUCUGUUAUUGCGCGCGUCGAUGGCCAGGCUUAUAGCCUGAUGAGCGUCAAGGAGCCUGGUGAUGAGAUUCGACCGGCGGUUGUUCGUGAUGCCGAAUACACGGCGACACAUUCCAUCUUUAACCUCACCGCGGGAUCGGUGACGUUUACUUUGGACUUUUUUUCGCCUAUUUCUCCGUCGAAUUAUCUUCGGCAGUCUCUUCCAUUCAGUUAUUUGACUGUGACUGUUUCUGAAGCUGUCGCCAAUGAGAUUCAGGUCUAUUCAAGUAUUGAUGGCAGGUGGACUGGGGUAUCACAAGACACUGUUCCAAGUGUUCACCAAGCUGGAGAUACUGUAAUUCAUUCUCUGGCUGUUAAAGGAGCUACCACGUACGCUGAGAACGCGGACAUGGCUACUUGGGGACAGGCAAUCUUCGCUUCUCGACCGACAGCCUCGUCAGAACUGUCGUCAGGUUCCGGUGAGCGUCUAGCUGAUCGUUCUCAGUUUGUGAGGAACGGCAGACUGGCCGGAAAUAAUGAGCCCUGGGUUUCCGAAGGAGUUGUUUCAUUGUCCCAUGACCUGGGAACUGUCACUGGCGAGCUGUCGGUGAAUUUCGGCGUUGGCUAUGUGAGGGAAGAGGCGAUCGACUAUCUAGGAAGGGCAUAUACGGGUUAUUAUCGAGCCGAAUAUCCCCAAACGUUCCAGGCGGUGUCAUACUUUCUAGAUGACUAUCCAGAUGCCCUCCGUGAGUCCCAGAAGCUUGAUCUCAAAAUGGCCGGCAAGGCAAAGGAAGCCGCGGGACGGAAAUAUGCAGACAUCGUCACAUUAUCGGCCCGCCAGGCGUAUGGUGGUAUUGACCUGACUAUCCCAAAUGACUCGCUUGACACUGAAAAUGUGUUGGCAUUCAUCAAGGAAUUGUCUAGCAAUGGAAAUUUGAACACGGUGGAUGUCAUCAUGCCCGCUUUCCCCAUAUACUACAUUCUCGACCCGGAUUAUAUCCGAUUACUACUGGAGCCGAUGAUGAGGUAUCUUGCUGCUGGACGUUGGCGUCUACCAUAUACAAUCCACGACAUGGGCUCGCACUACCCUAGAGCUAUUGGCCACGAUGACCAGCAAGCCGAACCCAUGCCUAUUGAAGAGUGCGGUAACUUGCUGGUCCUGGCCCUGGCAUACGUUCGUGCAACCGGGGACACAAACUGGACGGACCAGUAUACGAAUCUUCUGAGGGGCUACGCAGAUUAUCUGAUUGAUAACGGAGUAAAUAUUGAAAAUCAACUGUCGUCAAACGAUGCUGCUGGUCCCCUAGCGAAUGAGACCAAUCUAGCCAUCAAGGCAGCGGUUGGAAUCAAGGCAUUUGGUGAACUGACAGGGCUCGCUGAGUAUUCCCAAAUUGGCGAGGAGCGUGCCGACCUCUUUUUCCGCCAGGGGCUUGGAACCGACGAGAAGAAAACCCAUUUUGUGUUGGAAUAUCCGGAGAAGCCGCUUUCCUGGAAGAUCCCGUACAACCUGUAUCCUGACGUAUUGUUGAACCUCUCAACCUUCCCUGAAGCUGCCUAUGAGAUGAAUAACGAUUUCUUUUCAUCCGUCCGGUCUGAAUACGGAGUGGUCUUGGAUCAUCGACAAGACUGGGCCAAAUCCGACUGGAACAUUUGGCUGGCGGCUACCUUGGACACCAAAACCCGGGACGAGUUCGUGGAUGACCUUUGGGCAUACAUGACGAAUGGCAAACACAACUGGCCUUUCUCUGAUCGGUACGUAGCGACAUCGGCCCACGGGAAUGACCCUGGUGUUCCGAUUUUGUGUAGAGCUCGGCCAACGGUGGGUGGUCACUUUGCUUUGAUGGCAUUGCAAGGGCCUAGGUCCCUCAAAGAAGCACUGUCAGUCUCUACUUUGGAGGACGCGAAGCAUAAUGGCGAUCAGCAUGUCUUGGGAAGCCAAGGGGAAGAGCUGUGAUAGCCGGAGGACGAAUUUUGUAAAUACCACAUGAUGCACUAUUGAUACGUUGAUUUAUUAAAUAUUUUUAUGAAUACUUGUCACAUC